CUCCUCUAUCCCUUAACUUUGUCUACUCUCCUUUUUUAAUUAUAAAAAAGAUACUACUUUCUCAUGAAAACAACUAAUUUAUGAUUGGAAAAGUUCCCAAAAUAGGACUAAAACAGUUUGAAAAUGUCAAAAUAGGACUAACGUGUUUUUUAUUCCCAAAAUAGGAAUAAUUAAUGCCAAGUUUGAAAAAUAUAAGGAAAAACUGUCAAAUAGGUCCUCGAACUUUCAUAAAAAAAGUCAAUUAAGUCCUUCUAUAGGAGACUCUGUCCGGUCUUCGCGAUUUGCGGUGGUUCCCGGUGGAAUUUUUUGAUGAAAUUGUUUGAGCGUCUUAUUCAUCAAGUUUAGUUUACUCAUACCAAAUUUCAGCUACAAAUUUAAUCGGGAGCGCAUUCAAAUUAAUUCGAGAACGCAAAAAUGCACAGUUAUCUUCAAGAAUUAAUUUGAAUGUGUUCCCGAUUGAAUUUUUAGCUGAAAUUUGGUUUGAAUAAACUAUACUUGGUGAAUAAUAUGCUCAAAAUAUUUCAUAAAAAAAUUCCACCGGGAAAUGCCCCAAAUCGCGACGGCCGGACAGAACCUCCUAUAGAAAGACUAAAUUGACCUUUCUAUGAAUGUUCGAGGACCUAUUCGACGGAUGAUCAGAAGAACCAGCUCAGGAGCCGAGCCGAGUCGAAAGAGGAGGAGGCUGACAGCUUGUAUGCGAUGCAGCUGGCCAGCGCCUCAGUGCUUCCCAUGGUGCUGAAAGCAGCGGUGGAGCUGGACCUGCUGGAGCUCAUGGCUCAAGCCGGAUCGGGAGCGGCCGUGUCCCCUUCUGAGCUGGCGGCUCAGCUCCCCGCCACUAACCCGGACGCAGCCGUCAUGCUGGACCGGAUUCUCCGCCUCCUCUGCACCUACUCUGUCCUGAACUGCUCUCUCCGGACCCUCGCCGACGGCCGGGUGGAGCGGCUCUACAGCUUGGCGCCGGUUUGCAAGUAUUUGACCAAGAACUCCGACGGCGUUUCCAUGGCGCCGCUCUUGGUCAUGAAUCACGACAAAGUCUUCAUGGAAAGCUGUUGGAGUUCAGGGAUAUUGGAUGACUUUAGUGUGCAAUCAAUCAACAACCUUUUUUUUUAAAUACCGAAAGAGGAGAAGUGAGGCACAAAGAACCUUGGGCAGAAGAGGAAUAUAGGCGAAACAUUCAAUCCACGAAUCCACCGGUGUGUAAACGCUGAUUUCUUUAACUUUUUCCAUUUUUGCUGUUUUGGAUAAGGAAAAUUUUACGGUGCACUUAAAUUAGGGAGUGUUUUGGUGCAUUCCACAUUUGGCACCAUUUUAUUGGACAAUUAGUCCAGCUCAUCUUUUUAUCAAAAGAUACGUCUAUUUGCAAGCAGGUCCUUCACUAAUUCCGACUAAUUUAUCAAAAGAUACAUUUAUCGAGUUAUCGCAAAGAACAGCGCGAGAGACUGAAGAAAGGAAGGCAGGGCGAGAGAUGAAAUUCGUUCAAGCUGUGUUUGGUGUUUGCUAAGGCGAAUAAGCCGGGGCAGAGAAAAGAAAGGCCGACACCUUGAUUAGUUUGGCAGCUCCGCAACAUCGAACACCAGCCCAGGAAGUUCUCGGUCAGCUUCUGUUAGAGUUUUUAUGCCUAAUUUGAUUUGCAUUUUGGACUGUGAGUUGGGUAAAUAUUGAUUUUUUGGGUAAAUCGUGGUUUUUAUCUACACACAAUCAUGAUCUUUUUCAUCAUCUUCAAAUGAAAGAGGUAAACUAUGCCAAAAUUGUAGUACAUUUUUUUUUGUGGAAACUAUAUUAGUGAUGAUUUAAAAUAAUACACUGGAAGAGUAUUUAGAUCAAAACAUGCUAUUACACUACACCAAAAGGCAAGACUACAACAGAUUCAUCAGAUUAAGGCUUAUACAAGUGUGAAUCGUCCAUGAGCGGAAUUACAUGACCCUUGGCUUUAACACAAUAGUGGAAUGCUUCAAAAUGUGAAGACUGAACUGCCCGCCCUUCUCACUGGUAUCAACCUUGGACUGCCCCGGUGGCGGCAAGAGCUCGAAAUUCUGGACUAUACGCCCCAAGACAAUCCCUAGUAUGGGCAGCGCCAGGAUUAUCCCUGGCAGCUCCUCCUCCCUACCCCAAAGGGCAGGAACCUGAUGUCAUUCCCACUGGCCUCAACGUAAUUGUAGUACAUAAUUAAUGUAGCAAUAGUUUUCUCUGCUCAUUUUCAACACCAUCUUGUUCCUUCGCAUUGUCUGAAAUUGUAAUGUCCAUUUUGGUUUAUAAUGGGUUUUAAUUGAUUUUGUGUUUUAUUUGGAUUAAUUUAUGCUAUAGUGUUUUUACUAUAUUUUUUCAUUUUAUGAUUAUUUUAGUUUGCUGAUUUUCAUUUUAAAAUUUAUAAUAUAAAAGUCUGUUAAACUUCCAUGUUUGUAAUGUGUUUGAUAAAAUGUUAAUGAAAUUUUGUAUUAGAUUAGGUAUUUCUCUCUUAAACCAUCUAUUAGAUUUAUGCAUGAAUGAAAUGUCAGUUGUUAACAUUGUUUAAAUUUAACUAAUCUCUCCCUUGAUGUGUUUUCUGACUUCAUAGUUAGCUUGCAUACUAUGUCAUGACAGAUUGACAGGGUUGUGAUUAGUCUAAGACAAAGGUCAUGGACUAUUUGGAAUGUGUGCAAAUUAGAGUUGAAAUACGUUUUAACAUGCCUAUUGUGGCAUGCAGACCACAAUUGCAGUUUGAGUUCAAUUCAACUAUUACACUCACAAACUAUUUCCAAUCCUCUCUUUUACUUUUAUUAUUUAACUUUUAUUGUUAAAAAACCGGAUGUCCUUUUAAAAAAUUAGUGCAUUAUACUUUAUGCUAAAAAUGGAUUAGUGUUCCUCAUUUUCAAAGAAUACAUAAAGAAGCAGAGACUUCGGUUUUUUGACCUGCUGGAGCAGAGACUUCGGUUUAUGGAAAAAACAUUAAACUGCACUACUACGUCCGCAACCAUCUCAGCUGUCUCUUUCUCAAGAAAUUUCAUCCCAGUAGCCUGCAUUUUUCUCUCAGUUCUCUCAGACCUCUUUGGAUGAUAUUGCUACUAGCGAGCAGGUACUGCCUUGGUCCCUAGUAUCUACUAUCCUAGUGUUACACCUUAUUCUGUUUGUAAAGCUGUAAACUUUUAAUCGUUAGGCUAUCUGUGGAGUUGUAACUAUGACAUUACAUCUUCUGUAAUGUACUACGUAUUACCUUUUAACUCUUAGAUAUGAAUAAAGUAAUAAUGUUGUGAAUUCUAGUUUUAUUUGCUCUGAUGGAUUUUUUUCAACUAGUGUUUGAGCAACCUUUUUUUCUUUUCUUCUGGGGGGCUGGGGGGCCUGGGGUAAAUAAGGGUGAGUGUCUCGGCGGCCAGUUGAGUUGGAUCGCUUCCUCAUCUAGCGGGUUACAAGAAGAGAUGCUCCCCUUAAUAUGGGAAAUGUGUUCUUUAAGACGAUGAACCCCACCAUUCCCUCCAGACUUUUUCGUAUCACAAAGUGUGUAACACGUUAAUCUUUUAUUAGUAGGAUCUCUACACUCAUGCCUUGUUUAAACUUUUGUUUCAAGUCUUUUAAUUGUUUAACAGUGCCUUGUGCUUCUCCUUACUUUAAGCAUUGUAAAGUUAAAGCUGUAACACGGGCACUUAAAGGUAUUUUUAAUUUCUUAUACAAUUUUACCUAACAAAUAUACCUAAAGUUAUACCAACACUUAUAGCUAUUUUUCAAUCACUUUUUAAAAAAGAUGUAAUACAGGAAGAUCUGUUUGCUAUUUCAAAGUUGUUGCUUUGCUUCAUAUGUCUGCAUGUGGUAACCCGCUAAAAAGUGUAGACCUACUAGUUAGCCUUUAAAAAGCCCACAGAAUGCUUUUUUUGAACUUACACCUUGAGAUAGUAAUUCUUUUCAGCACUUGAUCCUUUAGGUGUAUGCAUCAUCAUCGUUGACUUGCUCUUUUUCAUGUCCUCUGUUUCUUUUCAUACCCAUUGGAGGUACAAAGCCUUCUUUAGCAAAUUGCAAAUGGUAAGUUUGUUUGUUCCUUGUCCUUUAUAUGUUGAGUAUGUAUCAUAACUUUUUUGCUACAUAAUGCAGGUGGAUAUUGUAAUGGUUUUAAGGCGCUAAUUCAGUACUUGUGUCAAAUUAAUAUUAAUAAAAAGGUUGGCUUGUAGAUUUUUUAGCGUAUGCGCCUAACCUAAGUCCUAAUGAUUAAUCCUAACCCGAGUUAUUAUUUUCCAUACCUUUCCCAUGUCAUCGAUCUUUAUCGUACGUACUAAAGAGUAGCUACUAGCUAGAAGACAUUUAUCUACUGUAACUCGUUUAUUUUUAAUGUACCUAUUCAUGAGGUUUUUUUUGAAGAGGAAAUACUUAAUUAUUACGGAGUAUUAAUUAAGUCAGAGUUCAGGACAUUCACAACAAAGCUAGGAGGAAGAGAUAACCACGUAUGACAAUCAGGCAAAGAAACUGGCAAAGAAACUGCAGCCUUGGCGAAUUCAUGGGCUACCCGUUCGCUGACCGUCUGACAUGAGCAAAAGAAAUGCUGGUAAAACGGGAGCCAAUAUCCCUGAUAUCCUCAGCCAAUACACCCAUGGAGUAAAUGCUAGAACUCGCUUGAAUCUCUGAAAUAGCCCGCAGCGCAUCUUAUUAAACAUCUAUAAAUUCCCAACCGUACCUUUUAAUCCAUAUAAGUGCUUCUCUGAUAGCCAUAAGUUUAGCUUCCAAAGAAGACAACCUCCCCUGCCAAGGUGUUGCUGCCCAUGCAAUAAAGCUGCCCGAGUCGUUCCUAAGGACCGGGCCAAAGCCGCAGCAGUCCACUCUUGUUCCUGCAUCAACAUUCAACUUCAUCUGGCCCUCACUCGGACGUGUCCAGGUAAGGCUGCUGCCCGCUGAAUGAUUUGCUUUGUCGUUGAGGAGACUCCAUUCCAUUUCCUUGAUUUCUCUCACACCAUAAACCCCAGCAACCCCAAAUCAACCUACAAAGGUCUUCACCUUUCCUUGACUUGAAAUUCACCUACAACCAAUCAUGAAAAUUGUUACAGGCCCAACCUUGCCAACUCCAACCAAUUGACCCCCCAUAUCUGCUUUGCUUCGGGACAGAGUACAAAUAAAUGCAAUAAGGAUUCAUCAUCCCCUCUACAUAAGCCGCAAGACUCCGAGCAAUUGACCCUUCUGGACCGCAAAUUCUUUGUAAGCUUAAAGUUCUAAUGGAGAUGUACCGUCGGUAGCUUGUAUCUUGGUACAAUGUAGCAUAUACAAAAGACAAUGUUGUAUUUUGUUAAGCUCAAUUAGUGAAAUUCUUAUGGCUCUUAUUUUGGUACGGAGUAAAAUUUU